AUGGCCGCCGAAUUUAUUGGCUAUUCGAUCCUGGUUACUUUGCGCAGUCCGCCUGGCUUCCAGCUGGACGGAGUUGUGUCAGAUGUGAUUAAUCAGAAGUUAUACCUUCGUGACGUAACUGUCCGCAGUACAGGUCAACGAUUGACCUCUUAUGCGCUUGAUGCAACUUCUAUCGCCGACCUCGAAAUAGCCCCUGCCAAAGACGAUGAAUUGCCCACACCGACUGGCCCUACCCAGCAGCCACUCCUCCAGCAAUCGUCUUUCGUCGAUCCUGCUAUCCUCAGUUUCAACCGAAAUGCACGGCAACCACAGAUCCAACCUACACUUCAGACGUCCACAUCGCCGAUCACGAUAGCAGACAGCGCUGUAAUAAGUCCAGUUCAAGCGCUACCUCAGCGAAAUCUCCGUGGACAAAGUUCUAUAUCUAGUAUAGGCACAGCAAGAAAACAGAGCAGAAGAGAUUCCACUGCGACCGCUACACUCACAGAACCUUUCAGUGCGCUAGAGAUCACUAAGCAACAGCCACCAAACGCAGAGGAUGCGGAAAAGCGAAUAUCGCAGACAGGCCCAGGUAUAAUAGAUCUGAAAGAUGUCCAUCCCGUGCCACAGAAGCAGAGCAAGAAGCAGCCAGGAAAAGGACGCGGUUGGCGGAAUACACCUCUCAUAGAAGAAAAGCCUCGCCCAGGUCGCAGGCAACGAGGUCGAUAUCCUGCUGAGGACCCCAAUGGCUGGGCUACCGAGGACGCUACAGACAUCGCAGAUAUGGGCGAAUUUGAUUUCGAGGGCAACCAUGCGAAAUUUGACAAGAGAAAGGUUUUCGAUGAUAUCAGGAGAGAUGACACUACGGCCGACGAAGAACGUCUAGUCAGCUUCAACAGAAACAACAAGCCGCGUCCAGGCACGAACGGAGGCAAAAACUUGCACUUCACCGAGAAUGUCCUUGAUGUACCGGACACGCAAGAUACAAACAGAUGGAAGUCUGAAGCGGGCGAGACUGAGGAUGAAGUCCCACGGGACGACAACUACAGCAGCGGCAGAAACUCGAGACGAGCGGCAUCGAGACGACCAGUGCAGACACGGAAAGGUAGUGCCAUCCCGAGCCACCUGGAUCGAAAAGAACCCUCUCCUCGCCCAUUGACUCGAAUAGCUACUGGCUCGCCCUUGAACGGUUCUGUAUCGGGCAACAGGGCGUCCUUUCGAAUAGCUUCGAAUAACAAGCCGUGUCAUGCAAUUUCACCACUUCAGAUGCUAGAACUCGAGCAAUUGUGCACAUCGGAGCUUGGGUUAACCGAAGACAUGCUGUGUGAGAAUGCCGGUCGAUCAAUAGCUGAAGCAGUAUUGAAGUCAUCCUCGAUCAUGUCUGCCUCGUUGAUCAAUACCGUCGCGCCACAAGCACAGACAGAGGUCAAGAACGUCCUCUUCCUUCUCGGCAAUCACAAGUCCGCGGCACGCGCUCUGGCAGCGGCUAGACACCUCCGCAACAGACGAGUGAGAGUCACAGUAUGUCUUGUAGGAUUGGAACGUGGCGAAGAACACCUCCUUGAAAUCGUGCGCAAACAGCUUAAGAUCUAUCGAGCAAGUCAAGGAUACGUGGAACGAUGGGACGAUUAUCAAGCAAAGGUCGCGAACGGGGCUGCGAUGACAACGACAAUAGCAUCAAAUAUCAGCGCGAUUCAGCCACCAGAUUUCGUUGUUGACUGUCUGCUUGGUGUACAUCACGCUUUUGAUGAGCUACGGACUGACGAGCAAGCCACCAUAUUCAGCAUGAUUAAGUGGGUCAAUCUGCUGGCUAGCAAAAACCCUGAAGCAGGAAUUGUUGUCCUUUCACUCGACGUCCCUUCAGGAGUGUCCGCGGCCUCGGGUGUUGUAACUGAGGUCGAUGGCACUCCUCUGCUCAUGGCCACUACACACAUCGUUUCUCUGGGUGCACCUAAAGUCGGGUCACUAGCCUACAUGGCUGGGGAGUAUCAAUAUAUGCCUCAAAACGCUGGCAAUAUCAAUCAUGAAGUGGCUGUAUCUGUAGCAGACAUUGGACUGAGUCUGGUGGCGUGGCAGAGGAAUGGAAGUCGACGAAGGCAGGGGGUCGACUUCGGCAAGGACUGGGUAUUGCCUCUUAAGAUCGCAGUAUAG